UAUUUUCCAUCAAAAAUACUUUUUCUCACAUUAACAUUUAUAUCAAACACACAACAUUAUCAUACAAUAUGGUGAAACAUGAACGUAAGAUCCAAGUUACCACUUCCUCAUCGUCACUGUCUCAAUCUUCUUCUUUUACUUCUUCCUCGUUGGCAUUGCAUCAUCAAUCUUGUAAGGACAAGAUAAAGAAAUACAAAGGAGUAAGAAUGAGAAGCUGGGGAUCAUGGGUCUCUGAGAUUAGGGCACCAAAUCAAAAGACAAGAAUCUGGUUAGGUUCUUACUCAACCGCAGAAGCAGCUGCUAGGGCUUACGAUGCUGCUCUCUUGUGUCUUAAAGGCCCUAAAGCCAAUCUCAACUUCCCAAGCACUACUUCUCAGUUUCUUAUUGACAUCGAUGAAAAGACUCCUCUGUCCCCUAAAUCAAUCCAAAAGGUCGCCGCUCAAGCUGCUAACUCCAUCUCUUCUGACGUAUUUACCCCUCCCUCCUUCUCCAAUGAUGCUGAUGAUCAUCAUGAUGAUGGUAUUCAAAACCAUCCGUCUCCUUCAUCUUCAGCAGCUUCUUCUCCACCAGAUGAUCAUCAUAAUGAUGAUGACUUAGUAUCGUUGAUGGCAUCAUUCGCUGAUGAACAUGUGUCUUUGAUGGAUCCAUCAUGGUAUGAUCAUAGUGAGAUGUUCUUCAUCAACGGAGCCUUCGAUUAUUCUCCACACAGCUCCAAGACAACGAUGGAUGAGUUAUACGACGAUGCUGAUAUUCAGCUAUGGAGUUUCAGUUGAUCCCUCGGUCCAUAUUAUUCUAUACGAAACAAUUUCAUUUCACAUUAUUUCAUUCAAUUUAUUCUUUUAAAUCUAUCAAUUAUGAUUCGUCGUGUAGUUUCUUCAAGUUGUUUGUUGCUCGAAAGGAAUUAACGACAUAUAUGUAAUUUUCUUAAUAUAUAUAUUAAAUAUACCCACUAAUUUAA